GAACACGUGACGGGAUUCGCUGUCGUCAAUUGCCGCACUAUGAUUGGAUAAGCUGUGCCACUUCCGGCUGGAAGAAGAGCAGGGAAUAAUAAACAGCAAUGGGGGAAAUCUUCGGCUCCAGUAACAGAUUUACUUCUUAUUCUAUGACACAGUUAAACGAACUGCUGGAGGACGAUGACAAGCUUAAUGACAUUGUUAAAGAAACGGACGAGGUACAGGCGAUGCAACAGACUAAAGAGAUGACCCUUGCCAGUAACCGCAGUCUUGCAGAGCAGAACCUCAGCCUUCAGCCUAAUCUGGACCAACAAAAGUUGCAGCUAACCAAGUGCUACUGCUAUUUACAAGAGCUCUAUGAGUCCUACCAGCUUCGCAAGUCCACUCUAGAUCACAAUUCAGGGAAAAGCUCAUUGGACACAUUGUUAGCCUUGCUGCAAGCUGAAGGAGCCAAGAUUGAAGAAGAAACCGAGAACAUGGCUGAUUCAUUCCUUGAUGGAGACUUGUCUUUGGAUGCAUUCAUCGAAUCCUAUCAGAGCAAGAGAAUACUGGCUCAUCUGCGGCGUGUGAAAAUUGAAAAGCUGCAGGAGAUUGUGCUCAAAUGCCUUCGGAUGCAACCUACGCCUGGUAAUGAGCAUGUGAAGCCUCAGAUCUCCAAUUCCUCCGCACCCUUCCACAGCCAAACUAAUGGCUCAGCAGUGCCUGUGAUGGCACCACCAGUGGCGUCAGUCCAUCCCACAGCUUUACCAUACCCAGCAACUUCCAACCUUCCUGUCCAAAUUCCCAUUAUGGUGCCAUCCUACUCAAGUCCAGCAAUGCAAGAGUACACAUCAGCACUUCCGCAGAGGCCUGGACCAAGUCUUGCCCCAAGAGCUGGCUUUAUCAUGCAGUGAUGUAAUGUUGUUGUUUUGAAGGGUGUAACAUGGACAUUUAAAGGAUUUUAUUCAAGCACUUUGCUCUUAUACAGGUUUGUCUAUCCUCAAAUGUGGUAACAAGUGGUUUACUAUGAACAGUCUUUAUUUGACUUUUAAUUGUAGUCGAGUAUGUUUUACCGAGGUAAAUUGCAGAAGGGACUUAGUUAUGUAUCUAUUAAAUGGAUGCAAGCCUCUGAUGAAAAUGGCACAUCUUAAACUUAUACAGCUUAAAUGCAUUAAAUAAAAGCAAUGCUUUUGCUACACAAACAAAUAUAUAAAUUUCUCUAUGUAUUAUACAGUAUGUAUCCAUAAAAAAUAAUUCGAAUUAAUUAGAAUGAAAGCAUUAAAUUCACAUUUAAAAAUGGAAGAAAA